AAUUAAGUAUGAUAGGAGAAGACUACCAAUACCCUUUAGAGCAGCAAGCUCUUAAUUAUCAAGGUAUGCAUUCCAACAUAUUUCAGACACUGGCCAGCACUAUUGAGCUUCUGGGUGAAGAGCUAUUCAGAGUGAAGAUUUCAACAACUUCAACAAAGAUUUCAGCCCAUGAUUCUCGUUUUAAUACUAAAUUAGAAUGUACAAUCAGAGGUUUAGAAAGAUUAUCAAGCCUAAACAUCUGAAACUUACAGAGCGCAACUGAUGUUUUGUCAAAGGUACUAGAUAAGACUAAUAGUAAGGUACCCCAUAAAAAGGUUGAUCCCAGUCGUAAUUCAGGAAGAAGAAACUCUGAUGGGUUCAGUCAAAAACUCUUUACUAUUGGAAAAGGUGCACGAAUGAGGCAGGAAAGUCCAAGAAGAUCAAACAACCAAAAGUCUUUAUCUUCCUCAUUUGCUGAAAAAUCUGAUUCCGUAUAUAAAAGUUACUGAGAUAUUCCAAGUACCCCUAAAACCAAAAUUGCCCCAAGAAAGAUCUCAAAUUUGAGAAAAUCUGGGAUUAAACCUCCUACUAAGACGAGUACAUCCAGAAAUAUGAAGGGACCAAAACCACACAGAAAUUCUGAGAAGAAGUGUCUGAAGAAGAAACUGCCACUAAGCAAAGGAGUCAUUAAUAAAGGAAAUAUCAUCUCGUUCACUCCUUCUAAGUUAGAUUUGCGUAUCAGAGAUCUUGACGGUCAGGUUGCUUCCAUUACCAGAGGAUCCACUCAAGAGUACUCAGAUGCAUAAGGAUCACUGCCCUAAGAUAUUA